AUUUGAGUGCUGGCCCGGGGUGGGGUGUGACAGCUUGGCAUCAGAGCCUAGGCUUAUCUAGAUUCUGAGAGUCGUUGAGCGAGUGGCAAUCUAGCAGUGGAUUUAGGAGUCGAUCAUAUUUUGUCAAGUAGUUUAGUGUUGGUUUAUCUAACAUGAUAAAAUAGUGUAUGUUGUUGCUGUUGUCAAAUUGAAUUGCAACAGGCAAGGAAAAUGGAAGAAGAAGCCUCUACCCAUCCUGAGCAAGCAGAUCCGGCUGCUAGGGCUGCACCGGCAGGAGUUCAGGUAGGGGCUAGGGAUAUCGAUAGACUAUUGGCGGCUUUAGCACAGUAUGCUGAACGACAAGUUGCACCUCCGGUUAAUCCUCCGGUUAAUCAUAAUGUUGGAUUACUAGAGAAAUUCAAGAAGCUGUAUCCAACGGAGUUUGAAGGUACUUUUAAACCUCAAGAGGCGGAGGAUUGGUUGAAAACGGUUGAGAGAGUUCUAACAGCUAUGGGAGUAACUGAUGAACAAAAGGUGACUUUAGCAACCUUCACCUUGAAAGGGCAAGCUUUAUUAUGGUGGGAGGGAAGUCAGAGGUUGUUGUCAGCCCCAUUACCAGGUAUUCAGCCACCAGUGCCACAAGUAAUCACAUGGGCUAGAUUUGUGAAGGCUUUUAAUGAUCGUUACUGUCCUGAGACGUAUCGUUUCCAGCAGGAAGCAGAUUUUAUUAAUCUUAAACAGGGGAGUAUGUCGGUGGCCGAAUAUGAAGCCAAGUUUAAUGCUCUUUCAGCCUAUGCUACGGAUAUGGUGAAUACUAAAGAAAAGAAGGGUAGACGGUUCAGAGGUGGGUUGGAAGAUAAUGUUCGAACCAGAAUGACGAUUUAUAAAGAAAAAGACUAUGCGGAUUUGAUUGAAACAACAAAGCAGAUUGGCAAGGAUGUUGAAGAGUUGUUUAGUAAACGAGAACAAUCAAAAAAGGGUAAAUUUGAGGCGAGGCAGGCUAGCCAGGGGGGAAAAUCAAGCGAUUUUCAUAGAGGUGGAGGAGAAUUUCAACAUUUGAAAGGUCAGGGUGGGGGAAAACAGCAAGGUAGUCAAAGCUAUGAGGCAAGUAAGCCAAGUUUUGGCAGGGCGAGUAGUUCAAGUGGACGUGGAACUCCUUUUAAGUGUUAUCGGUGUGGGUCGCCCGAUCAUCGCAUGAGAGAUUGUCCGGAAUCGGGGAAAGGGUUUAAAUGUUUUAGAUGUGGAGAAAUGGGGCAUAUUGCAACUCAUUGCACGAAACCACAAGCUUCAGGUGCAUCUUCUAGUGGCAGUGUUCCGGCUGGCCGUGGAAUGAAUGUUGGUAGACCUGUUGGUCGGGGUGGUGGAACAGGUGGAUCUACAGCACCGGGGAGAGUGUUCGCCAUGACACGACAAAAUGUCCAGGCAACUCCAAACGUGGUGACAGGUGACGAGUCGGUGAAUCAAGGAGCACCGAAACCAUAGUUGUACUUUCUUUUGGAGUACGAGUUUUGCAGGCGUUGUAGAUAUCCACUGCUAAUCGUCGUGGGGUUGUACGCUCGCUUAGGGUAGCAUGUUGGGAAGGCUGGACUAGUUUUGGCAAAAUUUUGUAGAUAGGGAUGUAGUUGCAGCCUAUGUUCAUAUUUGGUUUAUUGUAUAGUUUAAUGCUUUCUUAAGACUUCCGCUGUGUUGUAAGAACGUUAAGUUUUGCGUUAUCAAUAAAAUGGUUGUUGACUAA